AUGGCGGCCGCCGGCGCGCGCUGGAACCACGUGUGGGUUGGCACCGAGACAGGCAUCUUGAAAGGGGUGAACCUUCAGCGCAAGCAGGCUGCCAACUUCACAGCGACCGGCCAGCCGAGGCGCGAGGAGGCGACCAGCACCCUGUGCUGGGGCUCCGGCGGCGAGACCCAGAUCCUGGUGGGCUGUGCAGAUGGCGUGGUGAGGAGCUUCAGCACGGAGGAGGGCACGUUCCAGGGCCAGAGACACUGCCCAGGUGGAGAGGGCACGUUUCGAGGCCUCGCUCAGGCCGAUAGCAACCUCAUCACAUGUGUGGAGUCUGGGAUUCUUCGAGUCUGGGGUGACAAUGACAAGGAGGAGUCUUCCGAACCACUUCUGGAGCUGAAGGUGGGCCCUAGUGUGUGUAAGAUGCGUCAAGACCCAGCACAUCCCCAUGUGGUUGCCACUGGAGGGAAAGAGAAUGCCUUGAAGGUUUGGGACCUACAGGGCUCCGAGGAGCCUGUGUUCAGAGCCAAGAACGUACGGAAUGACUGGCUUGACCUGCGGGUUCCCAUCUGGGAGCAGGACAUUCAUUUCCUCCCUGAGUCACAGAAGAUUGUCACCUGCACUGGCUACCACCAGGUCCGUGUCUACGAUCCAGCCUCCCCCCAGCGCCGUCCGGUCCUAGAGGCCAUGUAUGGAGAGUACCCCCUAACAGCCAUGACCCUCACUCCUGGGGCCAAUUCAGUGAUCGUGGGGAACACUCACGGGCAGCUGGCAGAAAUUGACCUUCGGCAAGGGCGCCUCGUGGGCUGUCUGAAGGGGCUGGCAGGCAGCGUCCGGGCCUUGCAGUGCCACCCUUCGAAGCCCCUCCUAGCCUCCUGUGGACUGGACAGAAUCCUGAGGGUGCACCGGAUCCGAAACCCCCGGGGCCUGGAGCACAAGGUUUAUCUCAAGUCUCGGCUGAACUGCCUCCUCCUUUCAGGCAGGGACAACUGGGAGGAUGGGCCUCAGGAGUCUCCAGAGCCCAAGAAGUGCCCAGAAGACACAGAGACGGAUCAGCUGUGGGCUGCUCUGGAGGCCGCUGCCAAGCGCAAGCUCCCCGAUUCCGCGCAGAGCCAGACGGCGCCCCAAGCCAGGCAUACAAAGAAGAAGAGGCCUGGGUCCACUAGCCCCUGA